CGGGACCAAGUUCUAUUAUUCAAGGAGAACAAAAAAAGAAAUCAAUUUUAACAAUAGAUGAGUUAUUAAAAUGGUUAUCAAAACCAGAAAUUAAAAAUAAUAAAAAGAUUAGGUCAAAACCUAUACCAAAGACAGACGAAGAAUGGUUUGAUUUAAUGGAGUCGAAUGAUGACAAUAAAGGUAGUGAACCCAGUGAUUCAGAAUAUGAUACAGCAGAUGAAGAUCCAGAUAUUUAUUUCGAGAAAAUUGUAGAUCCAUAUAUUAAUAGAAUAUCAGAAGCUGAAAAAUUUAAUAAAGGUGAAGUAUGUGAUUAUUACGCAUUUGUUUCCAAAGGAUAUUUUGCUGAAGGUGAGCCAUUAGCUUUCUUUGAGUCAACCGAGGAAAAAAUUGCUAAUGUAUAUAAAAGAGAAUUAAGUUUAAAAGGAGGAUUAAAG